UCGUCUAAUCGCAGCACUUCUUUCGCCACACCCACGCAAAUCUGAACUAUAUCUCGCAUUUACUUCCUAGCAGCACUUCAUUAUGGUAUCGCCGGGGUAGUUUGUUGUUUCGUUUAUGUCUGCACUGUCAAACACCCCUGGUUAUCACAUGGGCCGUCCUCAGGAUUGGUGCUACUCCUGCUAUGAGAUUCCUCCUCGGGGCGUUUCCUCAGACAAUCCAGCCGGCCAUCUUCUGAUGGCUAUGCGCAACAGAGACGAGAGGCCGAAUCUGAGCGCAGCUUUCAUGCGACUCCAGGCUGUGGCAGGUUUUUCUUAUGCCUCGGACCAAUCCCUGCUUUCGGGUGUUCUUUCCAUUCUCCCAUGGCAGCUCAUAUUUGUGCCCUGUGUCAAUUCAGCGGAAGUGGAGUGGCCUACUACGAACUUGGUCAGGCAGACGAUAAUGCAAACAUUGCGUCCUAUAGAACCAGGCUUCCAACGUUCCUGGGCUUCAGGUAUUCCUGGCACUAUUGCGUUAGCAAAAGUGGACUGUGUUCUCGCCGUAGAUCGACAUAGCCGCGUGUACAGAUUUGAUCCAAUCAUUAAGAGAUGGUCGGCUACAACGGACGGUGUCAAACCCACAGUUUCUGGUCUACUCAAUGGUUCGUCAUCCGAUGUCCCUCACACACCCCAUCGAUUAUUGAUAUUGACAACGGAUCUGGAGGUCUACGGUUUCCGGCUGUGUAAGCCAAAUAUGGUCGCCUCAGAGAGCGGGGACUAUCAACUGAUCUCUAGUGAAAGCGAAUCGAAAAAGCUUGUGAAGUCUUUCAUUAGAAACCUAACCACAACUGUGGCGCAUAUUCGUUCGUCUACGGGAAUUGAGUUAGCUGUAGAGUAUUUCAACCACACCGGUUCAUAUCCUCCCUUUACGGAGCGAACCACUCAACAGCAUCUGGAUUUAACCGUGUCUCCGAAGUCCAUAGACCCGUUCAAACCACCGGUUGAUACUAUCCUCGACCAGUGUUUCCGUCCAAUUAACCGUAAUCCCGUCCAUCCAAUACAUCGUCUUCAUCAGAACUGGGACCACUUCAAUCCGGAUGACUGUGUUUGGGUGGAAAACACGAAGUUUUCUUUUUGCCGAACAUAUCCACUGCGAGUCCCCUCGGUCCCCUUGAAGCGUGUGGUGAGUUCGGUCUCGCAUCAGCUUGUAGAAUGUUUCAUCGAUCGAACUGGGAUUCACUUAAUAAUGGGUCCUCGAGUGAUUCGUCUAUUCAUGCUUAUUCAUCCUUUGUUUGAAUUCCAGCUUCUUGGGGCCCGAACGUACUUCGAAGGUAACCGAUUUCCGAUGCUCUCCUACCUGUACAAAAAGAAUGCUGCUCUGACUGAGCAAAACCCACCUCCAAAUGUUUGGGUACUUCGGUCUGGCCACGUUGAGUCCUCCGUCGACGUCAGAACAAUAAUCAACUGUGAUACUCCUCCCCAUGUUCUGCCCAUACGCUUGGUCCAUAUCCAAUUGGAUGAAACGUCUUUCAAAGACCUCUCGGGUUCCCUAAUCGACUCGUCUCAAGCAAAUUUACGAAAUUUCCGCUCACGUUCCACAUCCGAUGUAUUGACCCGAAAUAUUUCUUCCAACAAUGGCUUCGAAUCUCCCUCUCGCUGGUUUGUGCCUACUCUGAAAGAUUCCCACUGGAGGUUUAUUCCAAGAACAAACGAAAAGCAGUUAAGGGUUUCUGUUCGACCUCCCGAUACAGAUGUCCAAGACUGUCAGGAUUGUAGUUCCAAUAUGUCUUGGCCCACACCCUCGGCCAAAACCGUAGAACAAGCCUGGGUUAAGCUCGGUAACCUUGCUAGGUUGCCACAACUUCACAUUCCGUCUGGUGAAAGAGAAACACCAAAUUUGAGUCUUUCCAAGAGCCAAGUGUCUAUAAACACGUUGGAUGAUUUUACGGGAUAUUCCAAACGACAUCUCUCAACUGUUCAAAGCUCCGCUGGGUCUAUCUGUAUGACCCCAGAAGUGACUCGUCGUAAUUUGGUCGGUCAUCGACCGUCUUCUCCUUCACUACGCUUAUCCACAUUUUCGGUUACUUACCCAAACGAUUCCGAAGAGAAGUCGUCUUCCCAUUCUGUAUCCAACAAUCUCAAGCAUGGGGUUCCUCUACAGCGUAAACUCAGCUCUGUGGCUGCUGAAUGUAGUCCACACCGGUCUUCGUGGAACGAUCACUUCAAUGCAACUCGCUGGAUGGCAUUGCUCUCCGCUAGUUUGGACCAGGCGGUUCGUUUGGCUGAUUGUGUUCGUCACCUGGCUAGUUAUUGCCGCACCGCGAACAGUGGUUACUACCUGUUGAUCAGUGGACCAGGGAGUGGUCGUACCUGGCAAGCUAUCAUCACUUCUCUGCUGCAGGAUUGUAGUUCCAAUAUGUCUUGGCCCACACCCUCGGCCAAAACCGUAGAACAAGCCUGGGUUAAGCUCGGUAACCUUGCUAGGUUGCCACAACUUCACAUUCCGUCUGGUGAAAGAGAAACACCAAAUUUGAGUCUUUCCAAGAGCCAAGUGUCUAUAAACACGUUGGAUGAUUUUACGGGAUAUUCCAAACGACAUCUCUCAACUGUUCAAAGCUCCGCUGGGUCUAUCUGUAUGACCCCAGAAGUGACUCGUCGUAAUUUGGUCGGUCAUCGACCGUCUUCUCCUUCACUACGCUUAUCCACACUUUCGGUUACUUACCCAAACGAUUCCGAAGAGAAGUCGUCUUCCCAUUCUGUACCCAACAAUCUCAAGCAUGGGGUUCCUCUACAGCGUAAACUCAGCUCUGUGGCUGCUGAAUGUAGUCCACACCGGUCUUCGUGGAACGAUCACUUCAAUGCAACUCGCUGGAUGGCAUUGCUCUCCGCUAGUUUGGACCAGGCGGUUCGUUUGGCUGAUUGUGUUCGUCACCUGGCUAGUUAUUGCCGCACCGCGAACAGUGGUUACUACCUGUUGAUCAGUGGACCAGGGAGUGGUCGUACCUGGCAAGCUAUCAUCACUUCUCUGCUGCAGGUAGGUUUACCGAACCAAAUCAUACUGUCUCCGGAGACCCGAACCCUAUCUGGCUUCGAGGACCUAAUUGAACACGAAUGGGUGCGUGCUGGCUAUCCUUUUGCCCCGGAUCCUUCCGACUGGUACGACAGUUCAGUCUCUAACGACUACGACAGUUGUGCCAGCUUCGCAUUAUUCCUUGACUGCGUACAUCAGCUGCUGCUCCAGUUUCCUGUGGAUUUUGGGUUUACUGAGUUCGUCUACUUUCAUCUCUUUCUAAACAAUACCUUCGUCAUUCCUCUCCCCUUUUCUCCCACCGAGGACUAUCUGGUGUUCCUCCUGGACACGGCACUGAGUCGCGGCGGUGGCUUGCCCCCAUUUGCAAUCGAGUUCUCCUGUUCAUGUGAUGCAGCACGAUGCGUCAGUAAUAAGGCCAAGUCACCCAGACAAGUGGCUCAACAAUCCGAUGAACUUUGUCGGAAAGGUGUGCUUCGUAGCUUUCGUGACUGGGCAAACGUUCUUACUGAUCGAGGGUUGGCGUUACUGCCGAACUGGCGGUAUUGGUGGUACUGGCAUCUGAAUCCGACAGAAAUAAAGGAUACAGAUCACGCACUGAUGUCAACUUUUUCACCACCUUUCCGAAUAAUGCCUGAAUUGUUCCCGACCGUGUCACCAGCCUCCUACCUUCGGUGUUGGGUCCAUGGUUGGUUCCGCUGGAAUCGUUCGUUACGGUUGGCCGCCGGUGGAGGCUACGCGUUUGGUGCGGCAAUCUCUCGCAGCCUGCUUGGUCCACCUAAAGAUGAGCCAGUAAAAGAACUCCAUCGAACUAAAACCAGCACCUCACCCUACACAGGUUGGCUGUCCGACGAAGCCAUAGAGGCCGCAGAAUCUCUUUUUGAUGAGAACUUUUUGGAUUUUUUGAAUUCUAAUUCUGUAGCUCCUUUGAUCCGACUGGUUUCCGACUGGGAGCUCUUGCCAGAUCUAGCUUCUCAACCCUAGAUUUUCUCUUUUGCGCUCCUUAUCUGCCUCAUGUUUAUACUUUCCGUCGCUAUCGAGCGAUCAAGUGAGCAAUCUCAAUUUUUUUUAAUCUCAUUUUUCUGUUAUAUUUCAAUUUCCCCAUGAACCGCCGCUGAAGUCAACUUAGAGUAUUGUAUAUUGCAUACCUUCACUCGUGUGAUAACCUGUUCCUACACCCUACUUUUUAUAUCUUUAUAUUGUAAAUUCUGAUUUCGAACAACUCAAUAAUGCUGAUGGAGAAUUUGAGAAACUGACUUCAG